UGCCAACCGGAACACCUUUAAAGAGUAAGUGGAUGGUGCAUUUGCUGGUGGGGAGAGGACAUAAACAGGAGGAAGAUGACAUUUGUGGUGCUGAAACUGGUCACCGAUGUUUGGCUCUGGCUGCAUAAGGAUGUCUCUCGAAUCUUUUACCCGCCUGCGGUGCUUUGCCUGACCUACAUGGUGCUGAAAGUGAUCAAGCUGUACAAGUGGAGAAUGGAACUGAACCAAGCAUUGAAGAGUUUUCCAGGCCCUCCAGUGCACUGGCUUUUUGGCAACGUCCAUGAGUUCAGCGGAAGAGGGAAAGAUCUGGACAAGGCAUUGGAGUGGAGCAAGAAGUACACCCGGGCCUUCCCCGUGUGGUUUGGAAGAUUUGUAGUGUUUGUGAGCCUCAACGAUGCCGAUUACGUGAAGGCUGUCUGUGCCAGAGGAGAACCCAAGGAUAAUGUUGUCUAUCGCUACGUUCUUCCAUGGAUCGGAAAAGGAUUACUGACCUUACAAGGACAAAAGUGGCACCAGCAUCGCAAACUGCUAACGCCUGGAUUUCACUAUGGGGUUUUGAAAUCUUACGUCUCAUUGAUCACCAAAUCGGCUCAAGUGAUGUUGGACAAAUGGGAAAAGCUGGCUACCCAGGAGACAUCGGUGGAGCUCUUUGAACAUGUCAGCUUGAUGACUCUCGACAGCAUCUUGAAAUGUGCUUUUAGUCAUGAGAGCAACUGCCAGACUGACAGGGAGAACGCCUACAUCAAAUCUGUCUAUGAAAUCACCUUUCAGUUAAAAUACAGGAUGUGGUACCUCCCAUACCAUUUUGAUUUCAUCUAUUGGCUCAGUCGUGAUGGACGCCGCUUCCAGAAGGCCUGUGACAUUGUGCAUCUCCAAACAGAAAAAGUGAUUAAGGAGAGGAAGAAAUCCCUCAAAGAUGAGCGAGAACUUGAAAAGAUCAAGAAGAAGAGACACUUGGACUUCCUGGAUAUUCUCUUGUGUGCCAAGGAUGAAAAUGGAGUGGGAUUAUCUGAUGAAGACAUGCGCGCUGAGGUGGACACUUUCAUGUUUGGGGGUCAUGAUACCACAGCCAGUGGGAUCUCCUGGACUUUAUACUGUCUAUCCCUGAACCCAGAGCACCAGCAGAAAUGCCGAGAAGAGAUCCGAGAGCUUCUGGGAGACCGGGAGACUAUUGAGUGGGAUGACCUCGGAAAGAUGCCUUACACCACCAUGUGCAUCAAGGAGACUAUGCGCAUUUACCCGCCGGUGCCUUUUGUGGGCCGCCAGCUCAGCAAACCCAUCACGUUUUACGACGGACGAUAUUUACCCGCAGGUACUCUGGUUGGACUAAACUUCUAUCUUAUUCACAGAGACCCCAACCUAUGGAAAGAUCCUGAGGUGUUUGAUCCCAUGAGGUUUUCGCCGAAGAAUUCCGCCCAGCGGCACUCCCAUGCUUUCAUGCCUUUUUCAGCUGGACCCAGGAACUGUAUUGGGCAGCAGUUUGCCAUGAUGGAGAUGAAAGUGGCCAUUGCGCUGUCCUUGCUACGCUUUGAGUUUUCACCCAAUCCAGCGAAGAUUCCCAGGAAAAUACCCCAGAUUAUCUUACGGUCCAGGAAUGGGAUACAUGUGCACUUGAAGAAAAUCCACUGGCAUUGACAUUGUGAAAUAUGUGGGCAAAUUACAGAUAAUUUUUGUAUUAUAAAAUGCAUUCAAAUCCCAUCUUUUUUGGGGGUGGGGGGAUCUUCACUCUGUUUGGCUUGGCCUAUACUAUAUUGGAAGGUCAAAGAAAGAGAUGCAACUCCAGUUACGUAAAUUACACGGCUGGAGUCGAUUUAUCUUACAUUGUGUUUCCGCACCAUCCACACAACAGGAGGCCGACAAGAACAAACGCUCCCAUCAGUUUCCUUUACUCCUCAUGAGGAGCAGGAGUACUGGUACCCUUUGGAUUUGAUCUAGCAGGUCUAUACUACACCCACUAAAUCGAACUCCGGAAGAUUGACCGUGGCAGUGUUGAUCUUCUGUGUAGUGUAGACCUGCCCUUUGAGCCUUAAAGCUUGUAUGUUGGUCCAGUGAAAGACAUAUAUACAUACAUAUAUAUGUAUAUUUAUUCUGAGCCAUAUGAUGUCUUCCAUUAAAUCUGUCUUCCCA